AUGGUGCCCCCCGGGACCCCCCGCCGCCUGACGACGCACCUCAACUUCCUGCGCGCCGACUCGAACCUGCAGCGCCGCUUCCGCGACGCCAGCCCGGAAGAGCUCGCGUCCCUCGGCGACUGCUGCGCCAUCUGCCGCGAGAACCUCGACACGGCAAAGGUGCUGCCGUGCGGCCACUACUUUCACUACCGCUGCCUCCGUGCCUGGCUCGAGCAGUCGCAUUCGUGCCCCAUCUGCCGCGCCUCCCUCGCCACGCCACCGCCGCCGCCUCCUGCCUCGCCUGCACGCGCCCCAGCCCCUCGCGCCGCCGCCGCGGGCUCGGCUGCUGGUGGAGAGGCCAACGCGGGCGCAGGCGGAGGCGGCAGCGUUGGCGGCGGCGUCGCGGAGGUCGAGGCGGCGGCGCGAGUGGGCGAUGAUGGCGGCGGCGGGUCGUUGGGUGGCAGGGGCGGCGGAGGCGGCGCCGCCGCCCCGGACGGCGGCGAGCCAGAGGCGGAGGAGCAGGAGGAGGAGACGUAUCUCCUCUUCUCGUCCGACCUCUGGUCGUGGCCCUCGUGGCUGCCGCGGCUGCAUCUCGAGGUGGUGCGCUCCAGAGGAGACUUCGAGCGGACGGCGCGGCCGGCGGCGAGCGGGGGCAACGGAAGGGCGAGAGAGCAGCCGCAACGGCAGCCGCCAACGCCGACGCCGCUGCUGCAGCGCCAGCCGCAGCAGCCGCAGCAGCCGCAGCAGCCGCAGCAGCCGCAGCAGCCGCAGCAGCCGCAGCAGCCGCAGCAGCCGCAGCAGCCGCAGCAGCCGCAGCAGCCGCAGCAGCCGCAGCAGCCGCAGCAACCGCAGCAACCGCAGCAGCCGCUUGAGACAUUGCGUGAGAUGUUUCCGCACGUCAGCGAGGGGGGGCUGCGCCGCGCGCUCCUCCGCUCCGCCUCGCUCGACGCAGCGGUCGAGCAGCUCCUCGAAGCUUGA